AAUAUGGCGGCCGAACAUGGUCAUGGUGUUGUGUCAUUUGUCUAAAAUUUCUCCCUUAAAACGAUCGCAGUCGCCAAAAUAUGAGCUGGUUAUUUGGAUCAUCGAAACCUCCGAAGUCUCAACUACCACCUACGACAGCUUUACAGCAACAGAGACUAAAACAGAUCGAAUCGUUGCGUACGCUUCACAAGUGAGUUUCAAGUCCACUUUUCACUUAUCUUUUUUUUAUUUCCGGUUCCCAUUUCUGCGGCUUUGAUUUAUACAACUAACCUAAGCUGAGCCGCCUUGGUUUCAAAGAAUCUCCCGUGUAAUUUAAGCAUUUCUUUUAUGAACCCAAAGAAAGCCUUCCAAAGUUCUUUUCAAAAGCUAAGAGUGACAAGCUCGCUAAACACCACAGCAGGCACAUCAUUCACAAUUCUUUAAUUUACGAUAAAAAAAAUCGUGCUCUGAUACCUAAGCGGUAAUAUGCUAAAAUAAUUUCUCAGUUGAAAACGUACUAGCAUGGUGCAUAAUCAUCGGUUCUGUCGAAGUCUUAUGACUCGUAUGCUGAACAAAUUGCUCAAUCUAUGAAACGACUAAUAUGAAACCUGCCUGUACACGGUCUGUACUUCGCCACUAUCAAUGUCUAUCUUCAUUUUAACGAGAUUAAUAUCCGCGUUAAAUCCCAAGUUCGUAGACGUCACAGUACAUACUUUUUGCUACACGUACACUUAUAAGAUCUCCACACAAUUCUUUCAUGUAUAGUAAAUUAUGCCGUUCUUUACAUUCCUGUACAUUGGAAGAUUUUAUUUUAUCUUCUAUUAUAACUAUGAUUAAAUUUGUGUCAGCAAACAGAGAAGCCUAGUUACAUAGGCAAGCCAAGCUAAAACAACCAGCCCCUUAGUAGUUAAAGGAUAAUCAGAUAAUAAGUGUACUUACAUUCUCUUUCAAUGUAACAGCUGAUUGGUAAAUAAAGACACUGGCAAACUUCUUAACACUGUAAGGGUUUCCUGGAGAGAUGAAAUGUAUUUUUAAAAUCUAUAUAGUAGUAGGACAGUAGUUAUCUUUUAAUUUUGGUGGCUGAUGAAUUUUUUUUGUCAUGACCAAUUGUUUCAUUAUAUUUGCAGUAUCACAGAAGUUCAGAGAGAUGUGGAAUACAGAGUUACCUUCAAUGUGGGAACCUCAACUGUUUUUCUGAACAUGUAUGACACCAACUUAUUUCAAUAGGAAUUAAAAUGCUCUCAGAAUGUUGAAGUAGAGUACCUACAGUUCUAACAACCAUUUUUUUAACCAAGUAUAUAUACCUAUGUGAAGUAUAUAUGCAUUUGUAACAUAACUGAGAUGCCACAAGCCUCCUGAGUGACCAAAAACCUAUAAUUUAUUGCUCUGUUAAACCAAUUAUUAUUUUAUAAUAGUAAUAGAUUGCAUUUUCUAUUGGUUUACUGGAGCAACAAUCCACAUGGGAUGCUAGGAGAACACAAAAAAGUUUGUAAAUCAUGAGCCAGAGGUGGGUGAUUUAAAACUUUUCAAUCAUUCUCCAAACAUCCCACAUGGAUUUUUAUGCUUUUAAAACAUUAAAAAGUGCAGUCUAUUGCUUUAAAAGGUAUCCACAUAAAUUUUUAGGCCACUGCUUACUUUACCCUGGAACAUUUAGCUGUUGAACUGAUAAAGCUUGAAGAGGUGUUACCUCAAAAAAAAAAAUUUAAACUUUGUUUGUAGGUUGGUAAACUGUGCAUUGGAUCUAUAGGGAGUGAGAACUUUUGAGCUGAUCUGCAUGUUGUCUUAUUGUUAUAGAAUGAAUUUGUUGAACUGUUUUUUCCUCUAGAACCCUACCCCCUCAGUUUCCUAAUGAAAGGCCAGUUGUUAAAGUAUCUCCACCUUUGCAUCAUCCAUGGGUUAAUGAUCAGGUGAGGAACAACUUCAAGGGCACUAUGUAUCAUAAAAGAUCUAGGGUAAAAAUUUCAAGUUUGGGUCCUGCAAUUCAUGUCAAUGUCAGGGACUUAAAUACAAGCAAAAUGCGACUUUGAAACUCACUAGUGAGACUUAAAAGAUUGUGAUAAAAUAAUCAUUAACCCCCUUUACAUUAGUAUGCAUAUUCUCCAUACUUUUUGCUGUACAUCUCUCAAGGUACUGACAAGGAGAAUUUGUUCAACAAUCAAGAACUUCCUUCAUUGGUGAUUAUUUCCUUUAUUUUACUGACCUUUUAUGUUCGAUUCAAGGGUGAUAUUGUUAGGAGAAAAUAGAUGCUAGUCACCAUUAGGGGUGAAAGGGUUUAAUCAUAUUGUAAAAGUUAACUUUUCUCUCUCUCUUUUUCUCUUAGAUGAUGGUGGUGGGAUGUCCUGGAAUAAAUAGUGUAAGAGUGUUUCUUAAUUUUUUGGUUACAUUUUUUAUCAAAUUUUUGUUUAUGAAGGUAGGGCAGCCUGUAAACAUCACAGUCUUUCUGUAAAAUGCACUUUAACCCUUUUACUCCCAGAUCAAAUUUGUAACUCUCCUUACUGUCAAUCAUACAAUUCUUAUAAUGUUAGUUCAGAGAAUUUAGUAUUGAAUCAACUCAUUAUCCCCAAAUUGAUAUUUUUCUCUAUUCUCAUCACUUAUCUGGUUGAUAUCAUAUUGAUAUUGCAAGGGGAAACUCUGUCUUGGUUACUCAUGGAAGUUAAAGGGGCAAUGCAAAACAAAACCAAUCAUUUUAAGACAUGGGUGGCUUUUCAAAAAAUCAGGAUUUCUCUUCAUAGCUUGAGACUAGUUAUUUUUAUAGUCUCCUGUUGUAAAAGGUUGCCAACUAUUUCACAAACAUAUUUGGCAAAAUAAUUAUCUAAUAAACACUGGUAGGGAAAUGGGAGUCCACUGCAGUUCACCUGCUAUGAAGCAGUGCCCAGUUGUUCGAAGGCCAAUCAGCACUAACCUAGGGUUAAAUUUAUAUCCAGGUUUCUUUAUUUCUUUAUUCAAAAGUCUUUUAGGGUAGAGUUUCCCCAUUUCUUUCUGGACCAUUCAAUGAUCAAGUUGCAAGCAAAAAUAUUUAAACUGAAUUUUUUUUGAAAGCCUUCAGAACUGCUAUCAAAUUUCACAUUAACCCUGAGUUAUCUUUAUCCAGCUUUGAACAACCCAGGCCAGACUGUCAAUGAUAUGGAGUUUUAAGGAGGCUAACCCAGUGAUUCUAACUUUUAAGAUCUGCCAUGUUAUUCUAUUUUCCAUCUGCUGUAUAUUUACUUGUCUAGGAAUUACAGUUUGAUGUUACGUCAAAAUAACACCCUCUACUAUCCAAGUUCAUCUCUUCUUGUUACAUCUUUGCUAUCUAUUGUAUUUAUUUAAGAUAUUUUAACCCUUGCACUCCCAAGAUCUAAUUGGUAAUUCUCUUUACAGUCUGCCAUAGAGUUCUUCUGAUGCGAGUUUGAAGAAUUUGGAAUUGGAUCAACUUAUAAUUCCCAAUUGAUAUUUUUCUUUAUUCUCAUCACUUGUCUGCUUGAUAUUGUAUAAAUAUUGUAAGGAGAAAUUCUGUCUUGGUCACCCAUGGGAGUUAAAGGGUUAAUAAUUCUCUCUACUGCUUGCCAGACAAUUCUUAUUGGGUUAGCCAAUAAUCUUUAUUCUCUUCACUUGUCUGCUUGAUGUUUUAUUGACUGUGGAAGGAGAAAUUCUGUCUUGGUCACUCAUAGGAGUGAAAUGGUUAAAUGAUGGAAAUCAAAAGUUUUUGUUUCUUUUGUUUUCAGUUUUAUAUGCACUCCAACCUGGGGAGAGUCAUCACAGAGGUUUUAAAGGAAUUCUCUGACCACCCCCCUCAGUUUCGUGGUCCUCUUACAUCUCAGCCACAGUAAGUGCAGCUACAAACAUUUACCUGUUACAUGUGGCAUUUAACCCUUUCACUCCCAAGAACUGAUUGUUUAUUCUCCCAUCUAGCUGUUAUACAUUUCCUUACGAAUGAGUUACCAGAAUUGGUGUUAGGUAAAGGUAAUUUGUGUGAUUAGUGUAAAUAUUUUCCUUACCUGUUGGUGGAUAAAGUAUGGUUGUUGAAGGGAGAAAUUACAUGUUUUAAUCACUUCUGGGAGUUUAAGGGUCAAGGAAACCCCAACUAUGGGACAGUUUUUUGGAUUCACAUAUUUUGUGUAACAUCAUCUUCAAGACACUAUUGGUUUCAAUAGUGUCAAAAGUGUAUUGAUUUGGGAUAUAGAUCACUCAGUUACUAAAAACAUGAAGUGUUUUUGGUAACUAUUAAAUGUACCUGGCAUUUUUCAUUGAGUGGUGUAGUAACAUGUUAUGAGAUGGUAAAUAUCCAACAAGGCUGGCUCUAAUCAAUCUAGUAUCCAACAAGUGUGAAUGAAGUAAUUAUUUCACUAAAUUUUAUUAAAUUUUGAACAUUUGGAUAUUUACGAUAUUCAGGUAACCAAAUUUUAAUGAAUUUUAGCAAAAUGACAGAUCAUUUUCCUUAUAAGGUCAGAGUAUGUUAUGUGAGCUGAUAACUGAGACUUAGUGAGCCAAUCAGAAGGCUAGUAAGGUAAUGAUAGAGGUAAAAACUUAAUAAUUGCUAUUAGUUUCUUUUUAAUUCUAUGUGAUAUUCACCUUUUUUCUGACUGGGCACCUGGUAGUUGUUCUUAUUUUGGUUCCAGGACAUUUGACCUUCUUGAAAGAUGCUGUGUGGUCUUCCACUAUUAAAAAUAUAAAAUUUUGGAAACAACUUUAGCAUAUAACUUGAACAUAUGAAUAUUAUGAAUAUUUACUAAUGAAAAUAAUAACAAGUGAAAUGAUUUUGUUGUUUCAUAGAUUCCCUGCAAGUUCAAGUGGUUAUCAGCCACUAACUCAAUACAGCUUUCCCAGUUUUCCUGGUUUCCAGUAUACUCCACAAUCUACUGCUCCUUCCAGUACACCCUCCUUGUCUUCACUGAAUUCACCUGUAAGCCAGUACUCUGCUCUCUCUGUUACCAGUGCAGGGGCUAUGCCACACCUAGGCAGUAACUCACAGGUACAUUCUGGCAUGGUUGAGUGUUAAACAUAAAUUUAAAUUUGUAAUUAUUUUUGCAAAUGGGUGGCAAAUGAAAUUUCAACAUUUCAACAUUACAAGGCCUCUGGGCAUUAUGAUCAAGUUGCAGUAAAUGGGUUUCCCCUUCUUAAUCUACAUUAUGUCCACAACAGAUUAACUAUUAACACCUAAACCUCACCAGCAUCUAAUCUCUUCUUACAGUACCACCCUUAAAUCAAACAUUGAGGUUAUGAGAAUAAACAAAGUGAUCGUUUGUUAGAGGGGCUUUUAACAGUUAAUAAAGAAUUCUCCUUGUCAGCACUAACAUGACAGGAAGUCUAUACAGAACAGUACAGAAAUUUUUUUUGUUUUGUUUUUAUGAGGACAAAAAGGGUUAACUAAAAUGUUUCCUUCUACAUAUCCAUUACAUGCUAUCAUAACAGUGAAAUGAUAGUUUAAAGAGAAGGAAUGCAUGUAUAAAUACUGGUAUACACUAGGAGUAUUCAUCAUCUUUAUUUCCAUUAUUUUCCGGUAUAUUUUUCAGAUCACUCAGACUACUCCAUCAAGGCCACCAGUACCCCCCAGGCCAACUCAACCAGCUAAAGUGCCAAACUCAUUCCCAGAGCUUGAUGGUUUAAGGUAAGGCUUAAAAUGACAAAACACGAACAACAUCUUCCUGUAUUUGAUACUGAAGGUUGUAUUUACAUUUUCAUUCCCAGUCUUGAGGAGCUCAAAGAUCUUAUUGAUAAGCCUGAAGUAAUGGACACAUUUUUAGUCAAACUAGAAUCAGUAAGUUUACGGCCAGUUUUGAGUCUAUGUGUUUCUCCACUUUAACAUUAGGAUGAGUAUUUGUAUUAAGGUGGUAUUUUCAUGAAAAUUCAUGACUUCCAGUCCAAGGGAAAUUGGGAUGACACAAGAAUGAAUACAUUGUCAAAUUUAGGGGAGUGGGGUAAGGGACUUGAUUCAAAAGAGCUGACCUGUGGUCUCAGAUUUUUAAAGGUGGUGAUUAAAGGGUGGUGGGGGGUGUGGGGAAAGAAAAACACCCCACCCAGGAGGGGAGUAUUCUUUUCCCAUCUGGUUGACUUAAACAAAGUGGCAUUAAGGUAAUCAUAGUUACUAAUUUGAAAUUUCAGAUGAAAAAGCUAGAGGCUGAUAAAGAAGAAUUGAUGAGGAAAAAUGAAGAAAUAGCGAGUAUGUUCCUUUUCAACUCUCUUAACCUUUGUUUUACUUCUUUGUCAAAUAUUUCCUGUUCACUUUUGUGCAAAUUUUGUUAUAAAAUGUCAGGCUUCUCUCAAUUUCCUCUGUUGCAAUUAUUUCUUUGAAUGUUGUCUUGCAACUAUCUGUGUUUGAUCUCUCUUUAGGGUUUAAUUUGUCCCUUCAAUCAACUUUGGAGGGUAGUAAAGAUGAACUAUUGAAAAAGGUAACAUUAGCAGAUAAUGUUCAUUUAUUAACCCUUGAACUCCCAUGAAUGACCAAGACUUAAUUUCUCCCUACAAUAUCAGUACAGUAUCAAGCAGACAAGUGAUGAGAAUGUAGCAAUGUCAAUUAGCUAAGGGAUUAUUAGUAGAUUUGAGAGAAAAUUCUCUAAACUAACAUAAUAAGAAUUGAAUAGCAGACAAUAGGGAGAAUUACUAAUGAGAUCUUGGGAGUAAAAAGGUUAACUUUGUGCAAAGGGGAGAACUACCUAUACAUAUAUAUAUUUUUUUUUUUUUAAUUUUUUUUUUCUCUGAAUCAAACUCAAAUUUAGUUAAGAUCAUGACAAAAACACAGGAAACUGAAAUUUCUUCUAAAAUAUUGUAAUCAUGCCAUCUUAGCCACACCUUCAACCCUUUCAAAUGAGUUUUUCCUCUUUACAAUAUCAAAUCAAUAUCAGGCAUUCAGAUGAUGAGAAUAUAGGAAGGCAUCAACUGAGAGGAAAUACUUGAUUUAACACAGAUUAUCUGAACUUACCAAGAAGUGUGUGGCAGACAGCAAGAAAAACUAAUUUCUAGAGCUUGAGAGUAAGGGUGUAACCCUUUACAUCCUAACAUCAGUAUGCAUAUUCUCCAUUUUGUUCCCUGCACAUUUCCUGAGGUGCUGACAAGGAGAAUUUGUUUGACAGUCAAGAGCUUAUUUCCCUUAAUGCGUGAUUCAGCGGUGAUGUUGUAUGGGGGAAUUAGAUGUUAGUCACUCCUAGGGGUCAGAGGGUGCAUGCAUGUUUUGAAAUGUUAAAAGAAAAUUAAAGGUAAAUUUAUUAAUUGUUAUCAGUAAAAGCUUGUUACAUUUAGCCCAAAGAGUCGUUUGCUUACCUCUGACAAAUUGGUUAUUCGUUUGUUCAACUUAUUAGAUUUGGUCAUUCAAUUCGUGUAAGCUGCUAAUUUAGACAUGUAGUAUAGCUUACAAGGACUCGCUGCUUUCUUUACCUUUUUCUUCGAUUUCUCUGCAGUGUGAACGCGUAUCCGAGCUGAAAGGAGAGUUUGCAAACAAAAGUCAGAAACAGAAGGAGCUUAGUGAGGUAACGUUUUGUUAGAAAUACCGAUAGGACAUUGUACCCUUUUAAUUUAUCUUGAACGAACUUUCUCCUUCAAGGUGGUAGGAAUCUGAAAGCUGUUACUUGACAUAAAUAUUCUCCUCCUCCAUGGAGUGGUCGUGGUAAACGUAAACUUCCGGUUUGCGUUUAUUUGUGGCGACGUGAUUCGAGAUGGCGCCAAAGAGUGCUUUGAGUGUCGUAAAACCAAAACUAAAGUCGCAACAGCCAAUCAGAACAAAGAAAAAUACCUGUAAGAGCCAAUGAGAACUCAAGGUCAAACCGACCAAAAUGCCUAAAGCGCGGUAAAACGCGGGCGACUAAGUCAUAAUUUGUUUCAGUUUUGCAUCUGAUUGGUUGAGAAAAUAGAGCGAGUCUUCAGGACCAAUUGCAGGUUGAAGUAAAGCAAAAACAAAUUAAUCCCUGAGUAUUUUCGAUACACAACUAACAAUUGCUCAGAAAACUAUCGCAUUAUAGCAUAGAACAUCUAAGAGCUGGUGCGUUCUCUGUACUUUGACUCACGAUAUAGUCGCUUCGGUGUAGAUCGUGUCGUUUCAAGGGGGAACUAUUCAUCGAAGUCAAAUGUCAAAACUCUUUUCUGGACAUUUUGACAGGUAUUGUCUCUGGUCCAAAUAAGAACGCGCUUGGAAAUAGCAGCAGCUCAGGCAGAAGAAGAAUCGGAUGUAAGUACCCUAGAUACAGCCUUUCAUUUUUCUUUUGUGAAAUUUGGUGAGAUGAAAACAAACAGGCGGGGAAAUCAAGCAGACAAAACAAAUAAAAACAAAUCUUGGAUUGCAGCUUAAAUAUUCCUUCGGUUUGUUGCUAUAUGCUUCGUGCUAUAUGAAAAUGAGUGCAUUAUAAAAAUUGCUUAGUUUUCAUUCGCAGUGGAACUAACUGGAUCUUUUAUUUUCUCAAGGCCAUCGCUGAUGAGUUUCUUUCGAGUAAGUACGUGUGUUUUACUUCUUGGAAAGUCACAUCGCCAAGAAAUCUUGCUUUUUGUUUGCUUAAAACUAGCUAAGUGAUGAAAUACUAAUUGAACCACUGUUGUAUUCCUAACAGAGAGUAUGACGCCAGAAGAAUUUAUACAGAAAUUUUUAGAGAAGCGAAAGGUAGGAGCAUUAUUGGAGGCAUUUUUUUCGUUUGUUUGUCUUUUUUCAAUGGCAUGGAGGUCAGUUCGCUUUUCCUCUUUAUUUUUCAGUUGUGUCAUAGUCGAAGAGCGAAAGAAGAAAAGAUACGGCAUAUGCACACAAGAUAUUAAUUAAGCUUAUUAUUUGUUUGACUAAUCAUCCAAGGAGUCAUCUGACACAAGUUGAUGUUGGCCGUCGAAUGCCCAAUGAUGUUCGACCUUUUCAUGUAGGAAUAUCACGUGACUCCAUAAGCCAGAGCGAGCCACGAAUUUAUAAUGCAACGUUGAUACAAACGUUUAGACUUUGCAGAAAUUGUACAUAAUGCAGCAGUUAAGCACGAAAUAUUAGGCCACGAUUUGCUUUAUUUUCCGAAAUUCACGUGGAAUGACACAGUUGUCUUAUCUUUAUUUUGAACGAUUUUGUUCAUCUGUUUUCUCAAGAGGGCAAUCGAAGCCAUAAUACCAUACAACCCAGACCAAACGAUUAGAAUUAUUAUCAAUAUAAUUGCAAUAAGAGGAAAGUGAAGAUUUAAACUUAUUUAAAAAGAACAUUACACUCAAAGAGAACUUGAACAUGAAUAGAAUUGUAAAAUUUGAUAGAGGAAACAGAAUAGAAACUAUGGAUGGAAGAUGGAUGUUUUAAGACUUGGUUAUGAUGCCUUCUCGUCAUGAUGAUGCUGUGGCCUCACGAUUAGCGCUCUGGACGCAUGAGAGUUUGGUUCCAGCCCUUGUAAACAGAAUAGGUCUUUAAGAUAACACGAUGGCCUGGGUCGACAACUUUGAAAAAGUACCAAAAUUUAUAUCUUCAUAAUCAUCAGAGAAGCAUAUUGGAGGUUAUCUAACAAGCCUGCAUAACCAUGAGGACACAGAACUUCUUGCAUGAUGCUUGAAUUUGAACGGUGAUAACACCAUUUUCAGCGCUUAAGACUCAACCGAGUGGUCGGCGAAAACGACAUACUCGAGUUAUGUCAUGGAGCAAAUUUUAUAUCUAAUAAAUAAAACAGCC